AUGCUGAAAGAAUUCUUGAUGCUUUUACUGAGUAAACCCAGAAAUAAACAAGCGACCAAUAUAUUGCCUGUGAAUAGUGUGCCCACAACCGAUAUUGAGUUUGACAUGCAACAGGAAGCUAGUGGAAAUACAAAUGAUGUUGCGGCUGAGAAACCUGAGUCCUCAUUGUAG